UUUGACAUAUUGUCCGCCAUAAACAAUAAUCCUUGUCGCCGUCGUUUUGUCAAGCAACCAAAAAAAGUUUGCAAAUUUCAGAAGCCGCACACUCGUUUUGUGCGAAAAUCUAGUGUCUUAGUGACAAUAUGAGCAAUGCAAAUGUGGAGGAUAAGACAUGUCGCAUUUGCGGCACUGUCGAUACGAAAAACAUGAAUCUGUUCGACCCGAAGCAAAAGGCUCUACUCUACAAGAUCUUGACGAUAUUCCCAAUCACGAUGUACGAAACGGAUCCGCUACCGAAGAAUAUUUGCAAGAAGUGCAGCAAUCAUGUUACUUGUAUGCAUGAUGAGUGCCAGCGUCUAGUUAGGAUACAACAGAAAUGGGUGGAGAGGGUUCGAAUAAAUCAACCGGAUCAUCCUUAUGUGACUGUACUGAACAUCAUUGAGGAGUGUCAUCAAAAUAUGCUGACCCGUAUUAAACAAGUUGCACCAGAUUUCAUAUAUAAAAACAUCAGAUUAUUGCAAUAUGAUACCAAUAUGGAUAUGGAAGAUUUUGAAUCCUCUCUACAACAAAAAAUAUCAAGUCAAUCUCUUGAGAAUCUCAAUACAUACCAGGAAUCCAAUAUAAAAGCAAAGAAUCUCAAUAGCUUUUCAUUUGAUUAUGACAUGGGUCCUAGCAGCUACAGUGAUUCGGAUGGUUCUACUUUCAAUUUAGAACAACCCAUGAUAGGCAAUGAACGACGUAACAGCAUCAAAGAAAUUCAGAACAAAUUGGAGUCGAAUGGUUGCUCUCUCUUAGUCAAAGCCUCACACAUGCAAAAUGAUAUUAAACCGAAACUGCCUAAAAACAGAGCACUAUUGAUAAUUCACUGCAAAUACUGCGGGGAAGGAUUUCCUAACAACAAGUUUCUCGCAAAGCAUCAACUUAUGCAUAUGUCAGUGUCAGAUAGGCGUAUUUUUGAUAAGAAAUGCUUGGACAAAAGUGUACGGCGAGGUCGCUUGAUACCAGUCGAUGAUAAAAAAUGUAUUCGAUGUCUUAAUUGUUGGAAGCUUUUCGAAGACAAUCGAAAAAUCCUUGAGCAUUGGUCUAACGCAGACUGUGAAUUUUUCUGUCAGAUUUGUGGUGAAGAGUUUGCGAGAAAUCCAAAACAGCUUCGAGAGCAUGUGCCUGAAGUUCAUGGCAUAACAUAUAAAUCGUCUCGUCGUCAAGUGGCUAACAUUCCAGAAGUUCGUAUACUGAACAAACCUAUUCCCAAUGAUGUGAAGCCACCUUUGCGACUUUUAAUGCCAAAAUUACAGCCGGAAGUGAAAAGUCCGCCUGCAGGACCACCUGCUAAAAAAUCAAAAACCAUUCUCACAGCCAACGGUCGAGUAAGUUGCAAUCUUUGCUCUUGUACUUUCCCCAACUAUCAGUCAAAGAAUUCACAUAUGCGAGCACAUAAAGGACAAAUCAACUUGCAAUCAGCAUUAGUUGGAAAAAUGCAGUUAGACGAAGACGUACCACCACUGUUGAGUGCGGUGACGAUUAAAAGGGAGAAAAAUGACGAUGUUGAAGAUGAAGACGAUGAGGAUUCCACACAAUUAUUAGUUAGGAUGGAGCCAAGUGGUCAGCGGAUAAAACGUGAAAAGUUGGAUGAUACGAAGGAUAGCGAACCUGUAAGAAAUGGUGGUGCUGUAGCAAAGGAUUCCUUUGUUUCGCCGGCAAAAUCGUUGGAAGCGAAGCCUGCAUCCGCUGCUAUGACUGCUAAGAAACAACCACCAAGUGCAAAUAAUGCACAGUCGACAUCCGGAAAGAAACCCAAUCAGGACCAUAUGCAAUAUGAUAAAAUGUAUAACUGCCAUCCGUGCGGUAAGAAGUUUACCUCGAAGACGGAUCUAUUCCAGCAUAAACGACUGUGUCAAUCAAAUAAUAAGUUUGGGUGUCGUUUUUGCUUGCGUGCAUUCGUCACUUCAGCUGAUUUGCAGAUGCAUAUUAUGUUGAUGCAUAAGGGUAGUUAAUUUAUAGGUUUUAUGUUUGUUAUUUAUAAUUACUAUUAAGUCUUAUUUAUUAGAAAUACGUAAGUAGAUUAGGUGUUUCAGUUCAAUGAUUCUCAGAUGAAGUAUUUUACGGAUUGUCGUAAUUUUAGUACGAAAGAAAUCAAUACAUUAGAACGAUUAAUCUUAGGAUGCUUCGAUACAUUGCAUAUUAUGGAUAAUCAUUAGGACAGUUUUCGUCGCAAAUUCAUCCUUUGCCUUGUGUAAAUAUAUUAGAAAGUUCGAAUGUGGGAUAACUUUUUUUAUUUAUAAUAUUAUUUUUAGUAGCAUAGUUUUUCACGUACAGGAUAUAUUCGGUUUUUGCUGGCAGAAGAUUUAAUCAAUUUUGUUUUGAGCGAUUUCGCUCAGUGUGUAAUCUCGAAUGCGACGAUAAGAACAUAAGAGAUUUAUUUUCAUUGUAUUGCAUUUUAAUUAUAGAGAAAAGACAUGAAAAAGUAUUGUAAAUUUGAGCAGAUUAUGUCAUAAUAAAUUCCUAAAGAAAUAUA